UUUCGAAAAGAUAGUUGUAUAUAUACGUUUUGAUAUGACAAAACCCUAAUUGAGAGAGGGCCGCGACUCCUUCAGAUACUUACUUUCCCUCAAAAAUGGUUACUUUCAGGUUUCAUCAGUACCAAGUUGUUGGAAGGGCUCACCCAACAGAGAGCGAUGAGCAUCCCAAGAUCUAUAGGAUGAAGCUCUGGGCCACCAAUGAGGUUCGGGCAAAAUCCAAGUUCUGGUACUUCUUGAGGAAGCUGAAGAAGGUUAAGAAGAGCAAUGGUCAAGUCCUUGCCAUCAAUGAGAUUUUUGAGAAGAACCCUACCAAGAUUAAGAAUUACGGUAUCUGGCUCCGGUACCAAAGCCGAACUGGUUACCACAACAUGUACAAAGAGUACCGUGACACUACUUUGAACGGAGCUGUUGAACAGAUGUACACUGAGAUGGCUUCUCGCCACAGAGUCCGUUUCCCUUGCAUCCAGAUUAUCAAAACUGCAACAAUCCCAGCCAAGCUAUGCAAGAGAGAUAGCACCAAGCAGUUCCACAACUCCAAAAUCAAGUUCCCAUUGGUGUUCAAGAAGGUAAGGCCACCUACCAGGAAGCUGAAGACAACCUACAAGGCAUCAAAGCCUAACUUGUUUAUGUAAGUUCUCUCAUUUGAUGAAAUGAAAGUGAGUUGAAGUGAUUGUAGUUCUACAAUUUUUGUUAGUGAACAUCUACAAGUUUGUUGAUUGGAUAUUGAUUUCAUUUGAGAAGCCUAGGCCACAUCAGAGAGGUUGAAGUUGAAUUUUCUUUAUUUUAAUAUCUCAUUUUGUUUACUUGGAACUGGUUUGUUAUGUUAUUGUCAUUGUCUUCAAUAUUAAGUAUCAUCCAAUGUUUUGAA